CCACUGGAAAUAUAUUAAUUUUAUAAAAAUGUUGUCAUGAUCACUGAUGUUUGCAAGACCUGCAUGAAACACACUUUCGAGUUGUCACAUUAUUGGCACAACCAGACUCCUAGUAGAAAAUGAGGAAUUUUAAUCAGGCAGUAAACUGACCAGCCAUGUCAGUGUGUGAGAGGACUGUAGGGCAGAAUGAGCGGUAGUGGAGAGGGAUAAUGUCGGUUAUGUCUGGGUUAAUGUUUAGCGUGAGGACGAGCUGGUCAUGGCCCUGCAACCGUGUGUUCAGGCUGAGCAGUCUGCUGCUGCCUGCGCUCUCCAAGAACCAGUCGUCUAAAAUGUCGUCAGACUCCCACUGGCUCCUCCCCGCCGACCGGGAUCAGCAGGUGAUGGACCUUAGGGCCACAGGGUGGGUGGAGGUGGACGACCGCGAUGCCAUCUUCAAAGAGCUCCACUUUAAAACCUUCAAUCAGGCAUUUGGCUUCAUGUCUCGAGUGGCUCUGCAGGCAGAGAAGAUGAACCAUCACCCAGAAUGGUUCAAUGUUUAUAAUAAGGUCCAGAUUACGUUGACGACACACGACUGUGGAGGACUGUCGAAACGGGACAUCAAAAUGGCCAAGUUUAUCGACAAAAUUGCACUUUCCAUGUAAUAUAUUUGCUCUUCAAUCAGAAAGUUUCUCUGCUUUCAGUCACAACUCUCCAGUAUUCUUCAUAAAAAUCAUUAAACAACUUUGAAAUUUUGUAAGAAGCUUUCGUUAAGAAUAAAACUUUGAUUUUGUGAAACGGUGUUGUCUCUGUUUUUAAUGUUUUUGUAGCGCUGCACUGAAUUGAUUGAAAAACUUGCUCUGUGGUUCAGAUUCAGGAUUUCAUGAGUAAGUGAUCCAAACUGAUUUAAUUACGUUGUGUGUGUCACUGUGUGGUGUUUUCUCGUUUUCAGCACUGUGGUAAUUGCUUCGCAGUAGGCCGACUCUGUCCGCUACAUGCCAGCGAUCCAGAGGAUGCUUUUCCCCGUCAGUCCACCAGACCACAUGUUCUCCUUUUGGCCAUGGAGAGUGGAGCACAGUGAGGAAGGGGUCAAAGUCAGUAGGAGGCGGAUUUAUGUGAUUUACGGUUUGGUAGGGGAUGAGUCAGACGGAGCUGCUGUGUUUCCUUGGACUGGAUCGCCAUCAAAAGAAGAUCAGCAAAGAGAAAAGAGGGUAAUAAAAGCCAAAUCAGUGGAACUAUGU